UCCGUCCGUUCCCUCUCCUUCGCUCUCUCGCUCCCGCUCUGUGUGUGUGCGUGUGCGAGCAAGAGAGAUAGUGAAUCGAGCUCAAUUACGCCGCCAAACUGUCGUGUCAGCAACAAGAAGAAGAAACGUGAAAUGUGCAAUUCCUGGCUGCUGCUCAUAAUUGCGCUCACUGUUGUCUGCCUGUGGAACUCGCAACAAACCGAAACAUCCAAAUCAUGCCCAGCCGAGUGCAUCUGCUUGUCCCAGACUCAAGUGCUGUGUAACACGGGCGGACUCGAGCAGAUUCCACUGCGCCAACUGCCAGCGACAGUGGAGAAUCUGGCACUGACGAAAAACAACUUUCCCAUCAUUAAGCCGGACUCGUUUGCCGGACUGCGAGCGCUGAAGAAGCUCUCGCUGGAUGGCAACAAUAUAACGCGUAUCAAGCAGUUCGCCUUUCGCGGCUUGCCGCGAUUACGUGAGCUAUCCAUACAGUAUACGCCGCUGCAGAUGGUGGCGCAGUUUGCGUUUGCCGGACUCCAAAAUCUGUCGACGAUUCUGCUCAGUCACAAUCAAAUACAGCGGAUCGAGGGCAACGCCUUUGCGGGCACCUCGAACAUCAAGCUGAUCCUGUUGAGCAACAAUCCCCUGAUCCGGAUUGAGACGUCGGCGUUCUCCAGCCUAACGAAUGUGGGACACUUGAUAUUGCCAUCGGGCAUACGGAGCAUCGAGCAGGACGCGUUCUUCGGCAUGGACGCUGUCGGACUGCUGAAGUUGGCCUACAUGGAUCUCAAGGAGAUCUCGCCGUUCACCUUUCGCGGCCUGUCCAACGUGCUGCUGCUGACGUUGCAGGAAUCCGAUUUGGGCGUCAUCUGCGCCGACGCCUUCACGGGACUCACGCAGGUGGAGACGCUGCAGAUACUCAACAACAAAAUCGAUUCAAUUGAGGAGUUGAAUUUCACAAACACAGCCGCCAUUAAGCAUCUGAAAUUCCAUGGCAACCAUGUGCUGGAGACGCCCGAUCCGAAUGCCAUCAUUGUCGAUGGCGUUGACCAUCUGCAGCUGCUCAACAAUCACUUCCCCUGCGGCUGCCACAUACACACUCUGCUCGAUGGGCCCCUGGCCGAGGGGGCGCACAAUCUGAGCGACUUUCUGCAGAAGAACUAUUGCAUCUCGCCGCUGGAGGUGAACGGGCGUGUGAUGAGCGAACUGGACAUCGAUGCCAUCGGUCGCUGUGCCGACCAGCUGACCAAAGGAAAUCUGGGCAGCUCGGCUGCCACCCUCGCCCUCGGCCUGAAUGCCAUGCUCCUGAUCGCUGUCGCCAGCUGCGUCGAAUGGCGCUAUGUUCGCCUGCUGGCCCAUCUCUUGAGUCACAGUCACAUCGCUUGGCGUCGACGCCGGAAACGCCGACGACCCGACUAGAUCCACUCUCCACUCCACUCCCACACAGGUCCU